AUGAAAAGAUAUUGGUAUGAGCCGAUUCUACCAGAGGAAGCAGUCUUUCCAGAAUCCUGUCGAAGAACAUUAACCCAUUUUGUGACAACCAUUUCAUCGCAUCUGUCACGCAAACGAACGGAGGAAACAUUCUUACAGUUCCUUACCAACUCAUCUUCUAUAAUCAUUGUCUUCUUGAACGAGCUUGCCGCAGCAUUUGCUACUGCGGGGUCAGCAUCAACGGAAACCUCAUCGAUCGUGGAGAGAUAUCUUGAGAAUGCACCGGAUAGCAGCCUUGCCAACGUGCUUUCCAAAGAACAGCAAAGGAAAAAGCUUAACAUGAUUGCUGAUGAUAUCUUAUCCAACUAUCUUGAUUCCAAAACAUAUCGCUGCUCUCCUGCCCGAGAUUUUCUUCGGGAAGUUUUCGCGAGAGUUGUGCUAGAGUCCACCGUGAUCAGCCUAUCUCGUCCCGAAUUCAUAAACGAAUGGAUAAUCUAUCUUCUCCAAGAUGGUGAAUCCGAGAUUAUGCAUGCAAUCGACGCUGGCGUCGAGGGCGCACGAAACCAAGGCGUCAGUGCUGGCAAAGUCCCAAAUGAGCCCAAGAAUGUACCAUCUGAAUCUGCAACCGGUCAAACUCUGGCUCAACCCGCUGAACGCCGAACGGGGCAGGUAGAUGAGGCAACAGAAAAAGCUCUUAGGGAAGCCAAGCGUCUCAGCGCCUUAAUUGCCUCCCAGGAUGUGGAAAACACAGUUCCCGAGUCGCAACCUCAGUGUCGCCAGAACACGGAUACAUCAAGUUCUGAUCCCAAUAAUAAAGCGGAACUCCCAUCAAAAUGGAUGCCAGAGGACCAGCGGGGUGAUGUUGGAGUGGGCGCAAUAUCCCCAGAACCACAAAGGCCAAUGGCACCUUCGCAUCGAGAAGUUUCCGUGUCACCGGUUAGCCUCCAUGGAGCCCAGGUCAUGGUUGAUGACGAUGCAGCAGGAAGCGAAAAGGGCACCGUCAAAUCGAAGCCAACUUGGGAUUACCUACUACAAGUUGAACCAACUUCAACACGCUCAACGGGAUGGAUGGUAUUCCGGAAAUAUACCGACUUCCAAUCUGUGCAUGAAAUGCUAGAGACGGUGGCAAGAUUAAAUCGAAUCCAAAGCUUCUCUGAGCAGUUUCCUACUCUGCCUGCUUGGAAGGGCAAAACCAGACAUGAGCUUGCUCGUGAAUUGGAGCGUUAUCUACAAGAGGCAGUAAAGCAUGAGUCCCUUGCAGAAACUAACCGUAUGCGCCAGUUUCUUGAAAAAGAGCGCGGUUCCAACGAAGUUGAUGUGACCACAAAAUCUGGGUUUUCUUUCCCAAGCCAAAGCGCCUUCGAAAAUGUGGGCAAAGGGGUAUUGGGCGCAUUAACGAAUGCUCCGAAGGGGGUAGCUGGGGGUGGCAGAGCAGUUUUUGAUGGCGUGACAGGGGUCUUUGGAGGUUCUGGCCAUAGUCGAAAGCCGACCAAUACUCUCGACCAACGGUCUGAAGACCAACAGAUUGCCUCAAAGUCUGAAUAUGAAGUUCCGGCCUCUUUUGGUUCUGCGGGGAAGCCGAGUGCUCUAGAGAGUUAUGAUCACCUAUCUGCUCUUCAAAAUGGCGAUGGGAGCGCGUCUCGAUCAAUAACUUCGCCAGCCGCCUCCGCAACGGAAUCCUCCCGAGUCGAAACACAUAAGUCUUCAGUAGGUGAGGCUGGAAAUGGCCAAGACACAGGGUUCUCGGAGUCAACGCUUGUACAGUCCGAGAGUCGGCAAUCCACGGAGUCUAGCAUUGGGCCGGCGAGAAUGCAAGAUAAAUGGUUUACUGGGCGAACAUCCCCGCCACUUCCUAGCGAUACGAGGCCUAGCAAUGACUUUGAUUCUACCCCACAGAGUAUACGCCGGCAGCAGCAACCCAUUACUGCAGACGAGACUCAAAUUGCAGUUGAGUUGAUCUUUGCGGUAAUCAACGAGUUAUACACACUAUCUUCAGCAUGGAAUAUCCGCCGCACGCUGCUGAAUGCGGCCAAGUCGUACAUUUUGCGCCCGGCGAGUCCAACACUUGAGACAAUCCGAACUCUUCUACAAGAAUCCAUGAUUGAAAGCCAUACAUCAGAUGAUGCGCUCAGUGAAUACUUGAAGAAGCUCCGUGAAAAUGCCCUGCCAACAGAAGCAGAGCUACUCGCCUGGCCCCCGCCAGCUACAGAGGAGGAAAAAGAGCAACUACGGAUCAAAGCACGUCGACUAUUUGUGCAGCGAGGAAUCCCACAGGCACUUACCAGUGUCAUGGGUGCUGCUGCUAGUCGGGAGGCCCUGGAGAAAAUUUUCGACAGUCUCCAGGUCCAAAGCGUGGCCCAGGGAUUCGUUUUCUCUGUUCUUUUACAAGGCUUGCGUGUACUGGCGCUGUGA